AUGCGCCCUGGCUUGCCCAGGGUGUAUCGUGUGGCAUGUGCUCAAGGACUCCGCUACAACUCCUUUGAAGCUGGAGAAAACAAGACUGGUCAUAUCAGUGUCGAUUCCAAGGAAGGCGUGUUAUUCUUCAACAACCUCUACCCUCUUAGACUGCAAUGGCUUCUACGUUUACCGCUUUUGAGCGCCGAGAGGUUAUUCUCGACCCUGACUGGAGGCGACAGGUCUAUGGGAGCUGUAGACCCUAAGAAAGUCAUCAAGAGAGCACAAGAAGCCACUCCCGACAAGCCAGUUCAGGCCAGUGUACUUGAAGUGCUGCCCAGAGUGAAGGAGGGCGGUGCUUUCGUCAAGUUCACGUAUGAAUCUGGCUCGACGCUAGCCGAUGUUGAAGCUGCCGUCAAGAAACAUCUCCAAGAUCAUCAGGUCAGACCUUGGUGGGCGCCUAUAACUAAUGUCCGCGCAAAUUUGGUCAAGGGCAAGCCUUGGGUUGAGGACUUGUACCGCUUGCCCAGCCAGCGUCUGAGGAUCGAGUUCUUGCCUACUGCACCUGGCGGUGAGGUUGCCGAACUGUCUCAAGAACAGCUAUAUGCUUUCUUCAGACCUUAUGGAAAACUGGCAGAUAUCGUCUCUCAGCCUUCUGACUCGAAAGUUCUACCCAAAUUUGCCAACAUCGACUUUGUGACCGUGAGGAAAGCCGUUAUGGCCAAGAAUUGUUUGCAUGGCUAUGUUGUUUCUGAAGAAGAAGGAGGUGGUAAAUUAGGAACAGUGUUCCGGAUCAGUUACGAGAAGAGGCAAAGAGCAAAGUGGUUCAUUGACUGGCUUACGAGCCAUCCUAGGAUAGUCAUCCCAGCUAUCGCCGCUCUCGUUGCCGGUAUUACUGUCGCAGUCUUCGAUCCUAUCCGUACCGCGUUCAUCAAGGGACACAUUACUCGCACGCUUCAUCUCGAAGACAACAGAGUCUAUCGCUGGUUCAAGAAACAAGCAAGUGAACUCCUCGAUGUUGUGCGUCUUAGAUCAAACACUCCCGAUGAAGCUGGAAUGGAAGCUAUCUGGGAAGAUCAGAAAGGAAAUAUCGAUCAAAUCAGAACCUGGCUCAUGGAAACUACGGAUACAUUUAUCGUGGUUCAGGGACCGCGUGGGUCGGGAAAGCGAGAGUUGGUCGUUGACCAAGCCCUGAAGGACCGCAGGAAUAAGUUAAUUGUCGACUGUAAACCCAUCCAGGAAGCGCGUGGAGACUCGGGUACUAUCAAUGCUACAGCGGCAGAAGUCGGCUAUAGACCGGUGUUUUCAUGGAUGAACUCAAUCAGCGGACUUAUUGAUCUCGCAGCCCAAGGAGCAACUGGUGUCAAAACCGGGUUUUCUGAAACCUUGGACUCUCAACUCAACAAGAUCUUUACGAACACGCAAACUGCUUUGAAGCAGAUUGCUCUUGACGGAAGAAAGAGAGAUGACAGAGAUGCCAAUCUUAGCGAUGACGAAUAUCUUGAAGCACACCCUGAGAGAAGACCCGUCGUUGUCAUUGACAAUUUCCUGCACAAGAGCCAGGAAGGCACCGUGGUCUACGACAAGAUUGCUGAAUGGGCUGCUCGUAUCACUACUUCUAAUAUUGCCCACGUUAUCUUCUUGACCCACGACGUUUCUUUCAGCAAGUCGCUAUCUAAAGCCCUGCCAGACCGCGUUUUCCGACAAAUCAGUCUUUCUGAUACUAGCAUCGAGGUCGCCAAGCGCUUUGUUAUCAACCACAUUGACUUCGAAGCUGAAGACGCAGAAGCUGGUAUCAAGCAGCUGACUCCUUCUCAACGUCGCAAAGACCUUGGAGAGCUUGACAGUGUCCUUCCUGCCCUGGGUGGUCGUCUCACAGACCUUGAAUUCUUGGCUAGAAGAAUCAAGGCUGGAGAGACACCACGCAAGGCCGUCCGCGAGAUUGUUGAGCAAUCUGCUAGCGAAAUCCUGAAAAUGUUCGUGCUGGGCCAGGAAGAUGGUGGUCGUCAAUGGACUCCCCAACAAGCCUGGCUGCUCAUCAAGCAGCUCGCCAAGGAUCAGAGCAUACGCUACAAUGAGAUCUUGCUGUCAGACUCUUACAAGACUGGUGGCGAGAAGGCACUUGCGGCCCUCGAACAAGCUGAACUCAUUGCUAUUCAAUCCUACAACGGCCGUCCAUAUGCCAUCAAGCCCGGUCGUCCAGUCUAUCAGCCUGCGUUCGAGAAGUUGACUGAGGAUAAGGUCCUGCAGUCACGUAUGGACCUCGCAGUCUUGGCAGAGGGUAUCAAGGCUGAAUCGCAGAGUAUCGACAAGUAUGAGCAAGAAUUGCGCCUCUUGGGUGAGUUGCCGAGACAACCGGCAGAGUUGACGAGCCGUGUCAACUAUCUCUUGUCUAAGAUCAUGGCUAGUCAAGCCAAGGUCGAGGCUUACGAGAAGCAGAGUGGAGAGCUCAAGAAGAUCUUGACUUCGGAAUACUAG